UCAUGCAUCCCUCUUUCCGCGUGUGUACGCAUACCAUGACCAGGUCCUUGCCUGGGGGAUGGUGUGUUGAUGAGCUGAGUUGCGUCGAUGAAGAGAAUUAGUAGCUGGGUGGAAAGCCGUCGAAGUCGUCACUGAACAGACACGCAACGAUGAAUGAUGGAUCACCGAUCGUCAUUGUGUCGUGCAUGCAAGGAUUGACCUGCGUGGGGGUGCGCCGCGUCCGCGUCCGCCUUGCCGCCCUUGCCGCCCUUGGGGGCCUUCUUGGCCGCUUUGCCCUUCUUGUCCUUGCCGCCCUUCUUCUCCCCGGCUGUAUCCGACAACGAGCACGUGAGACUGGUCGGCUGUGGCAGCACUUUAUUGAGAGCCUCCAGCACAACACUGCACACCACACACACACACGCACGGAGGGAGGGCGAAAGACAAAGAAACAAACAUGCAAUCCAUGCCGUGCAUAAGAGAGACAUGAGGUGCGUCCCCGGGCUUACGUGCACAGCUCUUCAAAGCCUGUCUCUGCCUCAAAUGUGACAAUGAGAGUCUUGACGAGCGUCUCAACCGCCUCUGCGGAGAGUUUCUCGAGCAGCAUGUCUUCAGGCAGCUUCAGUAGGUCGACAAGCAGCUCCUCCGCAUCCUUGAGGCCGAGCACCUUGAAGAGCUCCUCAGCGAAGCUAUCGAGGGCAAUGCUCUUGGGAAGGUCGAGGAUUGAGAAGACUGCGCACAUCCAGACACAGACAAGACGGGCAGGCACACACGACAUCCAUCCGUGCGUCCACGCUUCCAAUCGUCACGUAUUUGUGGAGUACGUACCCAGAACUUCUGCCUCAUAGGUCUUGUUUGCGGCGAUGAGACAGUCCACAUAAUCCUCGACGGUCUUGUUAGCGAUCAGCUCCGGAGCGUCCAGAAAGUCGCACAUCGUUGCCAUCUCUCCUCGGUUUUGUCGGCGACGUCUGUAGGGACAGAAGGCCGGGUAGCCGUAAUAGUCGCUACAGCAGCAGUAGGGGUAGGAGUAGUACGUGGUGUAGUAGAUAUAAUCGUAAUUGCCGCAUAGGUAGCUACAGGUGCUGGCAGUAUAUUGUUCUGUGCUGCCGUCCAGAACAUCUGUCGCGGAAUCCGCAAGAUCCGCCGCUUCUGUGUCGUUCAGGGUCGUAUUUAGAACAUCCGUCACGCAAUCCUCAACAUCCGCCGUAAGUUGUUCUUUCUUGGGGGGUUGGUCUUUGGCGGCCAUUUUGGAGAGCUCCUUGCCCUUCUUCUUCGCAACUUCAGCAAUGACGUGUGUGAUGAUUGCCUUGCCGUCAAGCUGGCACACAUACACACACAGGUGACCGCAACAGACAGGCAAUGAUGAACCAGAGAGUGAGUGAGCAUCCAAUGAAUGCUCGUGAACUGAGUGAGCACCGCGGCGGUGGUCACCUUGGUGGUCAUGACGCUCUUGUCGCCCUUUCCGCGAGCCAAGCUGAUGACGGCUUGCAGCGCCUUGCGGUCCAACCCACUUAUGAGAUCACUGCAUCACACACACACACACACACACAAAUCAGAUGUGAGACCUGUUGAGCAUGUGCGCCUCGCACUCACGGGAUGGCUUUGUCGAGGCCCUUGUCAUUCUUGAAUGCGGCUACAAACCCUUCCAACAUGGCAGCCGCCACCGAUGGCGACUCGAACGUCCUGCCCGCGAUCAGGUCUUUCGAAGCGGCCAGGCCGCGGCGACCGAAGAUUGCUGACGACCAACACAGCAACCAACAACCAAGCACCACAGACACACAGGACAGCUGACGUCUGUGUGUGCGUGUGUGAGUCGUGAAUGGCUACAACUGAGGAUGUCGUCGGAUGUUGUCGGACACGCCCAAACAAAGGCCUCCGCCACAUCCACUGCGAGACAUGCGUACAUGUGAUAAUGCAGGCUCCCAUGUCAACACACUCAGCCAUCUCAGAACUCACGUUCUUCUUCCUGCGAGAGGCCAGCGAGGCAUGUCUUGCUGAAUGCCUGGAGCUGAGCGGUGGUCGGUGGGUCAGACGCCAAAAUAGCCUUGAUCUCUGCAGAGGUGUCGCAGGCGUCGACCAGCGGAAUAUCAUCGUCAGCCUUGACAUUGCUGGCGUCCAGUCGCGAGAUGACGCCAUCUACAGUGCACACGCCUCCUCGGUUGCCUUGCCAUGCUUGCCCUUUUUCUUGCGCUUCUCCACGCCAGCCUUGGGCUUCUCUCCCUUGAGCUUGGCCAUCGCCUUCUUGGCUGCGUCAGCAAAGUACGCCGCCACAGGCCUACCCUCAACCUUGAACGAGAGAAGGGAUGAGUCACCCUUGCCGGCAGCCGACCCGCCGAAUGUCUUCUCCAGCACGUCAAGGAGCAUUCUCGGCUCCAGGCUCUCCAGGAUCUUGGUGAGCUCCUUGCCAGCGCCCGGUGUGUCGGCAAACUGCUUGGCGUACUUGAGCAGGAAGGGGACGGCGAGCUCGGGGUGGUUCUCGGGCUUGAAGAGGUCGCUGUCGAAGAAGAGUCCGACCAGCUUGGUCGCCUCAGAAAGCCCCAUGUCCUCCAGGAUGAAAGUCAGCGCCUCCAAGUACUUAGGCAAGUUGACGAAAACAGUGACUGAGUGUGACAGUAAGGAAACCAAUCAGGCAGUAACAUAGCUGUCUAUGGGCUCUGGCGGCGCGUACCGAUGCCCUCCAGGAAUUGGUCUGGCGUAUGGACCAAGUCCUUGAGGACCUUCGUGAUGAUCGGCGCUAUCCGUUCACCGUUCUUCUCGGUGGGACAUACCAUCCACACGACACACACGGACACAGACACAGGCACAGACAGAACAAGCGAACAUCAUACACGGAACGGAAAAAUUCCCAGCCACAGUCGUGUUUGUAUUCCAGCAGCUGCCCCAACGUACUACAGCUGACACGUCAAGCUCGGAAACGGCGUCGACGAUUCCAUCGAUGACGUCCGCUGGCACAUCAGUCUGCUCCUUCUUGGCGCCUUCUGCAUACAUAUCACGGCAUGACACAGCACGAAGAAAGUGAAUCCAGUACUCGUCGAGCGGUGUUUGUGGCGUCCUUCACCUGUUUGCGGUGUGAGGAAUGUGCCGGGCUGCUGCGGCGGGGCGGCCGACGCAGAGAGGAUGAGGGCCGCCAGGGCGGCUACCGCUACAUUCCCCCUCAU